AUGAAAAACAUGACAUUGUGGUGUGUGCUGGUGGUAAUGAACUCUCUUCUACGGAUGCCUGUAGAAGCAGUGGAGCUAGAAACUCAAAGGGGAAAACAGAGCACCCCGGGGACCAGAGCCACGCCAGAGACCAACCCGCACGGCAGAGGAGACAGAGCAUCUGAAUCAGAUGAGUAUGAUGCAACCACACAGACACCAAUCCAUGACGUGCUAAACUCUGAGCCAGCACUCUCGGAUGAGCUCAAACACAUAAACAUUCUGUACCAAGUGGUGUAUGGACGAACACGGGGUAAAAGAGCUAUACACAAAAUGUGGCGGUGGCGUGCUAGCAUGGACAUACCCGAUAGCAUGCAAAACAGAAGCAUAACAUACGGGGUAAUGGUCGUGUCACGAGAGUAUGUGCGAACCCAAUUGUGUGGAGUGAGGAAAGGCAGUGAGGAACAAGCAUGGGGGCAGGACGCUUGUCAAAUCACUCUGAAGGUGAAAGGGAAACUUGAGAUUAUCGUCAGGUUAACAACUCAUUUCAGUCCAAGUAAGACUUAUUAUGCUGUCGUGCGCCUGCGUGGGAAUGGUGAGAGCAAAGAGGUCCAAGCAUCAUUGACACUAGACAGAGAGGAAACACUCGAUCCAGGAGUUUUACAUGCAGCACCACUUAAAAGCGAAAUGAUUAAUGGGAAAAUAAGACUACACAUUCCGCCACAGACAGUAUCAAACAGUCUAUAUAGGCGAGAUGUGUGGGUGCUGGAAGUUGAGGAAGUUGAGACCGAAAUGACAACAAAUGUACUUUGCGGUCGGACCCAUCAGUAUAAUAACAUUGUGACGGUGUGGGGUGGAGCUGAGUGUGGGUUAACAGUAUUCGAAGAGGCAGGCCAAUGGUUAGCUGAGCUCGAUGAAAACAAGUUUAAUCCAAACGAAACCUACAUCCUCGAACUUACGACCGAAGGUUCCCAUUCAAUGACUCCGGCUCCGGUAGAGAAUCGCCAUUCAAAUACAGUAAUUCCAACAGAAGUUCGCCGCUCGGCCGCGCCAAAUCCGAGAACUGUAAAUUCAGUCGCACCAACUCCGGUAGGAAAUCACAACCCAGUCAUAGUAACUACAACAGAGGCUAAAUUGAGUGAGGUGUUCACAUUAGCAAACAUGCCAAGCACAUUAGCAAACAUGCCAAGCACACCAACAACACCAAGUGAAACGACCCCAGAUACACUGUACGACGAGUACGAUGAUUACGGCAGUGCAGAAGCGCCAUUAAUUAGCGAUGAUAGUCCAGGUAAAGUGGUAAGUUUUGACAGGCCCAUGCAGAGAAAUGUAAGAUCGUACUCAGAUAAACUUUGGGAAGAGGCCAGUGUGAAUGGGUGGUACCAAUAG